AUGACCUCGACUCCCACCGCGCUCUUCCAUGCCUUUUACGCCCGCGAUGCGGAUGCGUUUCGAUCAUUGCUCUCCGCGGAGGGCAGGAUGGGAACCGCCAUAGCGCCUUCGGUCGCGAAGUUGCGCUCGAAGAAAUCCGAAGCUGAUAUUGUUAAUCGGAGGGAUGGACAGGGGAGGACGGUGUUGCACUUGGCGGCGUCAACGGCGGGAUCGGUGGAAUAUCUGAAGGCGUUAAUUGAGAGCCCGUCCAUUGACCCGACGAUGCAAGAUGGUGAAUCUGGAUGGACGGCGUUGCAUCGUGCUCUAUACUCGGGUAACGUCGAUGCUGCCCGUUUCAUCCUGCGCCACCACUCCUGGCGGGACCUUAUCAGAGUUAAAGAUAAUGAAGGGAACACGGCCUUUGACGUGUUGAACUCGACAGUUGCCGGUACUAACCCAUAUACCUACCCUUUGGGUGCUUCUCGUUACCUCGGUGAAGGAUUGCAAGGGACUGAGGUAUUGACCUGGGGUACCAACGCGAAUCAUACCCUCGGUUUCGCCGAUGGAGAUGACCGCGCCUAUCCUGAACGCGUCGUCCUCACUCCCCAAUCCUCCGAAAACCUCCCCGCCAUCCGCAAAUUUCGCACGCCCAAAAUCCGCUCAGUCGAGAUCUCCAAACUCCAUACCGCAAUUCUAACAACCGACAACGAAUCCAACCUCUACAUCUGCGGUUUCGGAAACGGCGGCCGCCUCGGUCUCGGUUCCGGUAAUAGGACCCAAUUCACUCCCAAACAAGUGCGCGGUAUCCCCGCUGUGGCAUCCGUUGCUCUGGGGUUGGACCACACCAUCGCCGUAACACAAUCAGGGGAUAUCUACACAUGGGGCUCAAACCGCUACGGUCAGCUCGGGUACGCACUCGAACCCUCCCCUGACGCUCGGAAAGACGAGGAACCCGUCCAAACCACACCCAAGAGGAUCUUGGUUCCGUUUAAGAGGGAGAGGGUGUAUGGUUGUGCAGCGAGUCGGAUACAUAGUGCCGCGUGGACAGAAAUGGGGUUAUGGACCUGGGGACGCAAUGAGGGACAACUUGGGUAUCCGAAGGAUAAGGAUGAGUCGAGCGCUAUGGUGCCAAGACGUGUUUCGUCAUUACCUACGUCCGGGAGGAUUAGGCAACUUAUUGCGAUUGAUCGUGCGACGGUGUGUUUGUUGGAUAACGGGGAGGUGUGGGUGUACGCCAACUACGCCUACUUCCGUUGGUCUACGAAUGAUUGGAACAAGGGUUUCACCGAUAGAUUCGGGGAUACUGCGAUUUUCCGUCCGACGCAGCACAUCUCUGAGGAGAAUAGUAAUGCUGUUGUGAAGAUUACUGCGGGGAAUAAUAUGGUCUGUGCAGUCACUGCCGGAGGUGAUAUCUGGGGAAUGGAAGUUCCGUCUCCUGGUGAUGGCGGUAAACCUGGACGGAAUGUUCGGCAGCAGAAGAUUUGGUCGAUGCAUAAACGGCAUAUGGCUGCACGGGACGUGGCUGUGGGUCAGGAUGGUACGAUCGUCUUGUGCACGGAGAGUGGGAGUGUUUGGACGCGUGUUGCGAGACGUGGUGGUGCGAAGGGCGGAAAGGAUUGGAAGUUUUCGAGGGUUGGUGGGGUACAGCGGGUUGUUGAGAUUAGGGCGUCGAGUAACGGCUCUUUCGCUGCUAUUCGGGCGGAUGUGGAGCCUGGAACUAUUCAGAUUGAUGCGGAGACGCUGGGGGAUGAUAUGCUGAGAUUACUGUCUUGGGGUCCGGGGUUGUUCCCGGAUGAGGAGGAAGAUGAGAAGCAUCCGGACAAUAGGAGUGAGGUUGCUGGGAGCGACGUGGAUAUUGAGGAAGAUGAUCGACAACCGAAGUGGUGGGCGAAUGCGCUUGAGCUACUUAGUAAGCCGGAGUUUGAGGAUGAGUGGGAUGCGGGGGUUGGUGAUGGUGAUGUGGUGUUUGUGGUUGGGGAAAAGGAAGUGCAUGCUCACCAGGUUGUGCUUGCGGCAAGGUCGCCUGCUUUACGGGAUUUGUUGCUUGAGAACGGGAAGGUUAAUGGUGUCAAGGUGGAUCGGAGCGAUUCGAGGAAGGUACGGCUUGUGCUUGAUGAGGAGCUCGCUCAUUUGAGGGCACUCGUGAUUCUGCUUCAUUACGUCUACACCGGUACCCUUCUCACGGUGUGGAACUCCGUCAAGGCACUUCCACCACAUAUCGCCCAGACGAAGCAGAACGUCAAGCAGCUUGCUAUUGCGUUCAAGCUGAAGGCUCUUUCAAGCGCGCUGGCUUCUCCGUUCCAUCAACUACCCAAGCCCACUCUGUCAGAAGAUUUCAUAGAUCUUCUUGAGAACAAGACUUUCAAGCCCUGUGGGGAUCUGAGGAUAUGUCUGAAAGACACGGAGGUUUUGUGUCACUCCGUGAUCAUGUGUGCUCGAUCACCGUUCUUCGCUGCCAUGUAUGGCGCUGGAGCUGAAUGGCUCACCGAGCGAAGAGACGACAGGGGCGAGGUCAACGUUGACAUGAAGCACAUCUCUUGGAGGGUCUUUGAACUGGUAUUGCAGUGUAUCUACGGUGAUGCUGGUGUAGAGAUCUUCGAUGAAAUCGAGACGGAGACUUUGGAUGAUUUCCUUGAUUUCGUUGUCGAGGUAAUCGCUGUCGCUUCUGAGUUGCUCAUGGAAAAGUUGAAGGAAGUCUGUGAGGUUGCAUUGCGGAGGUAUGUGUCGACGAGAACCGUGGGCAAUAUUCUUGCGGACGCGGAUGUGUAUGCUGCCGAUAGGUUGAAGGAUACGUCGCUUCAGUACACUUGUUUGAACGCGGAAGCAAUGCUGGAAGCUAGGUUGCUGGAUGAAUGGGAUGAUGAGAUUGUGGAGGAACUGCAAGAGCAGUUGAAGGAGAUGCAACUGGCGCGUAUGCCUGUUACCAAGGGCGAGCGUCAAUUGAAGGAUCUGCUGACAAGACAUCCCGAGCUCGCUACGGAAGCUGAAAAGCGGAAGGAGGAAAGCACCACUUCGCUGUUGACUGGCAACUUCGUUGAAGAGUCAUCUUUGCCGUCACCUUCACCGAGCUUCGGUUCAUACAUGUCCCCGCCAAACUCAUUCACAGGGCGCAGAGGUUCGGAGAUGAAGUUGCGGAACAGGCGGAAGUCGUCGCACAAAGGCACACCCGGCUCCGCUGGACCAAGUCCUGAGAUGAGACCGGUGAACAAGAGCGAUGACUUGAUGUUCGAGAUGGAUGAAGAGGAUAUUGGACCUUCUGUGGCUACUACACGGCGGCCUUCUGUACAGCCAGAUAAUGUCUGGCGUGAUGCGAAGGGAAAGCCGGUGGCGGGUGACAAUGACAUGAUUUCGCCGACUUCUGAAGUUCCGGACAGGUUCUCCUCGCUGUCAAUCAGCGCACCGAAAAAUAAUGGAAAGACGUUCGAGCGCGAAGGACCUGUAUGGGGUUCGAUGACGACACCGCAGAAGGAUAAGACUGAUCUCAGGACCAUCCUGGUAUCAUCCGAACGCAAACAGUCGACUCCGGCAGUGCCCUCCCCCUCCUCAUCCUCUGUUUCCGUCCCGAAGAUGUCACAAAAGGAGCGAAAGAAACAAGCUCAGGCAGGUCUGGUGGCACAGAUGGCUGCUACUCAAGUCGAGGUCCCGAAGCCGUGGGAAAGUCCUGCAGCGAAGCCGACGUGGAGUAUGCCGCCGCCUACGCCUUCAACGCCGAUGAACACGAUGAGGGAUAUCAUGGCGAGUGAGGGUGUACGCAGGUCUCCGAGCCCGGCUUUGAGUCCUGCUACGGUUCAGCCUCCGAGUGUUGGCGGGGCACCUUCGCCUUUGGGUAGUUUGCCGAAUGGUCGCUCCGUGUCGUCGCCGGCGAUGCCCCAGCUUACGCCGGCGCGAGCACGAUCGUCACCAGUUGUUCAGCCGGCACCUUCCCCGCAAUUGAUGCGUGCGCAGACUGUGCAGCAACCGUCGACGUCGCGGCCCUCCUUACAGCCCCAACAACCCCGGUCUGUGUCUUUCUCGACUCCUUCAUCCAGCUCAAGGCCCACGAAGCUUCAGCCUCAGUCCAUUCAGUUCCAGCCGAAGCCCAAACAGCUUUCCACCUUUUCUCUGUCGGAGAUCAUUGAGCAACAGCAAUUUGAGCAAGACUACAUCAAGGGUAAAGUAGAAAAGAGAAGCUUAAAGGAGAUUCAAGAAGAAGAGGCCUUCAAUGCAUGGUGGGCAGCUGAAUCUGCACGAGUGCAAGCUGCGGAGGACGCGGAUCUGGCAGCUGCUUUGGCCAUUGCCCAAGGUAGUGGACCGAGGGAUGGUGGUGGGAAAGGAAAGGGCAAGGGGAGGGGUGGAGGAAGAGGCGGAGGUAGGGGUGGACGAGGCGGCGGCUCUAAUAGAGGGAGGUCGAGGAGUGAUGGGGUUGUUACGGCCGGAGGGAGUGGGCAGUAG